AUGGUAACGUUAUUUAGACACAUCCGUCUUUCAAGUACUCAGAUACGCCUGUUUGCUGUGCGUAGUUUUCCCCAAAACCGGGACAUGUAUCUUUCCUCCAGCCUACUUAUAAACACAGACACUUUUUUAAAUGUUCCAUUCACUCGCUUACAUCCAGGAACCUCAAUCUAUCGUCUCAGCACUAGCGGCUUUCUGUUCACACAUGUGCAGGAAAAUAAAAAUAUAGAGAAACCCAGUGAUUUUCCGAUAUGGAGCAUCAACCCAGAGAAGAUUGAGACAACUCGUGCAUUAAAUAAGACUGCACCACCGAAUACUAGUGUUGAGCCACCGGCAAACGAACCCAAAAAAGAUAAAGAUGACAAUCAAAACACGAAGCCAUCUCUGUGGAUUCGCAUUAAGAAUGAAGUUGUUCACUAUUACCAUGGAUUUAGAUUACUUGGGUUAGAGGUUAGAAUCGCCUCUGGAAUUUGUUUCAGAGUUCUCAGAGGUCAUGAACUAACUUGGAGAGAACGGAAACAACUUGUUCGUACUCUGGCAGAUAUUUUACGUCUUGUGCCAUUCGCAGUAUUCAUUAUUGUUCCCUUUAUGGAACUUCUGCUUCCACUUUACCUGAAGUUUUUCCCUUUCAUGCUCCCAAGUACUUUCAAAGACAAAUCAACUGAGACUAAUACCAUCAGAGCUAAGCUUGAGUUAGUUCGUCUUCUUCAGGAUACUUUGGCGCAAACUGCUGGGGCUAUCAAGAGCAGCUCAGAUGCACCUACUGUGGCUGAAUUCCAAGAAUUUAUUAAAAAGGUACAGAAAUCGGGUGAACAGGCUCAUGCUAAAGAUAUUACUAGAUUUUCCAAACUUUUCGAGGAUCGAGUGACAUUGGACUCUUUGGACAUUAAACAGCUUAGAAUGCUAUGUAAACUUCUUUCUCUUCCAACUCUUGGUACUAGUCGUAUACUAAGAUUUCAAAUCUGGAUGCGUGUUAGACAGUUGAAAGCAGAAGACAAACUGAUAGCGAAAGAAGGUGUUGAUCAAAUACCACCGUGGGAGUUGCAAAAUUUAUGUCAGGAACGUGGAAUGCGUUCAGCUGGUUUAUCAACAGAAAAACUGCAAUCACAGCUUAGUGAAUGGCUUGAUUUACAUUUAGAAAAGAAUGUGCCCACCACUCUUCUAUUAUUCUCUCGUGCACUGCACGUGACUCAGGCUCUAGUAGAUAAAAAUCCUUUGCAACAAGCUAUUGCUCAAUUACCUCCGUCAGCUUCAUCAGAGGCAGUUGCUCGCGUUUUAGAAGCUACGCCUCAUGAUAAACUUGAUCCUGUUACCAAAAUCAAAGUGUUACGUGAAGAACAAGACAGUAUUAAAGCUGAACGAGUACAGCGUAAACAAGAGUUGGUUGAAAAGCAAAAAUCUGAACAAAUUAAAACUGUUACUACUGGAUCACCAGAAAGUGACCAAGCUCCAUUGUUAAAAGGUCUUAAAAAUGAAGAACUUGACAAAGUUACACCUGUCCUAACUGACUCAGCUGUUCAUAUAUCCGAAACUACGGGAAUACAACAUGAAAAUGUGCAACCUAUCGAUACAGUACAAACAUUAGUUACUGAACAAUCAAAAGAUGAUUCAUCUGUAAAGCCUGGAAAACCAAAAGCAGCAGAUACUGAUGAGGUAACUGAAAUAUCUGCAGGUGAUCUAGCUGAAAUUCAAUCCGCUAUUGCAGAGUCCACACCUCAUUUAGGCGACAAAACUAUAGAUGAAUUAAAGGAACAAGUUGCAGAAACUGCAAAACUACAACAGCAACGUCAAGCUGAAUUAGUAGCUUCGGAUAAUGUAACAGACAAACGAAAAUCAAAAGCUGCCUUACGUCUAGGAUCUCGUGUGGACCGGUUAAUUAAAGAAAUGGAUACUAUGGUCGAUAAACUCAACGAUGAACGUACUCAAUUAUUAAAACAUAUUGAAGUUCGUGAAAGUCAUAUUAAUGAAUCAAUUGAAGCCAAGGAGCGAUCUAAAAUAAUGGAUGAAAUCAAAGCAGAUCAGGAUCGUAUGGUAGAUAUUAACGAUUUGUUGGCAUCUUUGAAGCGUAUUCAAAACAUUCCGGGUGAUACACGUUGGGAAAAGAUCCUGAAAGUUUUAGAUGAAGAUAAGGAUGGGAAAAUUGAGUUACACCAUAUAUUGUCUGUUAUUGAACUCCUGGGUGCAGAGAAUGUGAAACUAUCUAGUAAAGAAAUUGUACGUAUUCUAGAAAUGAUUGAUAAUGAACAAAUGGCAAAAGCAAUUCCUACAGAAGAAUUAAAAACUGAUAAAAACUGUUCAAAAUCAUCUAUUGAUCAUUCUUCACAGGUUACAACAUCAAAGUAG